UCCCAGCACCCAAACCAAAGGAAGGGAUAAUCACCGCCUCUCACCACGGCUAGACGCGCCUCCUCGCCUCGGUCGGUCUCACAUCAUCCAGUCGGUCUCCGCCCCGCCGCUCCAUCGCCACACGCAUCCAGACCAAGAGUGAUUUACCGGAGAAACAGGGAACCAUGAAGGACCGAAUGCAAGAACUUAAACAUGGGAAGGAGACGACUGAAGAGGAGGAUGAAGUCGCUGUUGGGAUGGACAAAGGCUUCAUGGACGAAUUCUUUGAACAGGUGGAAGAAAUCCGGGGUUUUAUCGAGUCUCUGGCAGAGAAAGUGGAAGAGGUGAAGAGGAAGCACAGCGCCAUCCUCGCCUCACCUAACCCCGAUGAGAAAACUAAGGCUGAGCUGGAGGAUCUUAUGGCAGACAUCAAGAAGUUGGCCAACAAAGUACGCUCCAAAUUAAAGAGUAUCCAGCACACCAUUGAGCAAGAGGAAGGGCAGAACAGGUCAUCAGCUGACCUGAGGAUACGUAAAACACAGCACUCCACACUGUCCCGUAAGUUUGUCGAGGUGAUGUCAGAAUACAACACCACCCAGUCAGACUACAGGGAGCGCUGCAAGGGACGCAUUCAGAGACAGCUGGAGAUCACUGGGAGAAACACCACAAAUGAGGAGCUGGAGAGCAUGUUGGAGAGUGACAACCCAGCUAUCUUUACCUCAGGGAUCAUCAUGGACAACAUCACCCAGCAAGCUAUGAAUGAGAUUGAGACACGGCACAAUGAGAUUAUCAAGUUGGAAAACAGUAUCAGAGAGCUUCACGACAUGUUCAUGGACAUGGCCAUGCUGGUGGAGAACCAGGGGGAAAUGAUAGACCGCAUAGAGUACAAUGUGGAGCACUCGGUAGACUAUGUGGAGAGGGCAGUAUCAGACACUAAGAAGGCGGUUAAAUACCAGAGUAAAGCCCGGAGGAAGAAAAUUAUGAUCCUUAUAUGCUGUGUGGUUCUGGGAAUUGUCAUUGCUUCUAUUGUUGGGGGAACUCUGGCCUAAACCUCAGCCCCAGUGACACUAAAAGACACACAAACACAUAUACAUACACACAACAGAGCAAAAACAGAGCAGAUACACAUUUUUGGUUUCCUGUUUUCAUAAAUGCAACCUAUUAAAUGUUUAGCACAAGGUGCGUUACCCACUGUAAGAUACAUUUUAAACACAGUGUACAGGGCCAGAGGUGUUUUCGCAUGAGUUGCUAUUUUGUAAAUGUGUGGUGCUGCAAAAAGUGUUGAGUGUUGUCAAAGAUAUGUGUUUCCAAAAGUGAAUUCUUGAAUGAAAAAGUUACUAAAUGCUAUGUAACGCUAUACUAAUACAUUCCAACUUCCAAAUAUGACACUUAUUCAGUUGUAAUGUCUUUUUUGUGUUGUACAGGCAAAGUGACAGGCCACUAAUCUGCAGUGUUUUCAAAGCCACGUUAUCUAUAAACCUGUUUAUUUACAUGUUUAUUUACUUUAUCUUUUCUAGCCUUCUUACUUUAUGCCUCUGAUGUCCUCUACCUCCCUUCAAAAGCUCUGCAUGAUUUAGUUCACUGUAAAGUGGUGUUUUGUAUUCAAUCGCAAAAGGGAAAGAAAACUGAUCUGAUGUGGGAUAUUCCGGUUGUAGAGUCAUCACACUGCCAAACUCUUUCUAAUGUCAUCUCUCGUGGUUCACAGAAGCAAUGCUAAUAUAUUUAAUUUCGUCUGGCCUUACCAGUUGUGGCUCCAGUGUUGAGUGUGAGUGAGUGCAUGCAUGCAUAACGUACAUGUGAAAGAGAAUAGGUGUGUGUUCGUUUGUAGCUACAUGUGUGAACAUGCCGUGUGUGAGUCACUAGAUAAGAACAUGAGUGCUUGUUGAUAGCCACCUGUGUCUUUGUUUUGUAUAAAGUGUAAACUGAUAUAAAGUUCUCUAACACUGCCAGUAUGUUCAAAUAAGCUGUUAAAAUGGAGUCUAGUCUGAUUGGAUUGAUAAUUCUGGUCUGCAAGUGACAAAACCUUGUUGUUUUAUGUCUUUUUAUAAACCCCGAGCUUUAAACAGAGCAUAUCCUUGUCAAGCUAUUUCUGUUUAUUAUAUGAAUGAACUUCAUGAGUCAAAGAAAGCAUCAGCAUGAACUCAAAGUAGCCCUGUGAAAGACUUUCAUGUCAGUUUUCUGGCGACACAUCAGACAUGCACAGACUGCAACCAUGUUACCAUGUUGCCUCCUCAACUUGUUUCCUUUGUGUUGUAUUGUGAUGACUUGUUUUUGUUUGUUUUAAUCUGAGUUGUUGUUUUGUUUUG